AUGCCUACAGCUUACAAAUUCAAUGUUAAAGCCAAUCAAGCAGCAUUCCACGUUGUUCCGUCUGGCUGUCACGCCCGUCUCAUCUUGUUGUAUGGCUUGCUUGCUUUGGACGUCUUGCGAGAAUACAGAUCCAACUUUCACGUUGUGUGGAAAAAGUUUGUCAAAGAGUUGAAUCAAGUCGACGAAGUACGCAAGUUGACAUUAGCUCGCGCGUGCCAAGCUGCUUCCCACAUUGCAGAGAACACAUCAUUCUCCUUUAAAGAGCGUUUUCGUGGGUGUUUGAGUGGUAUUGACGACCUGAAGUCGUGGGGACCACCACCAACUCAAGUUUCACCGCGCGCCUUGCUUGAUGGCUCCAACGUACCAAUAUCUUCAAUUGUAACUCUGAAUGGGGAUGGAGUAAAUGAGAGUGUGGAAGAUGCUGCUGAGGAAGUGAUACGUGAUUGCGAGGGAGUGUUAAUCUUUGAUGAGGGAUUGACACGUGCUAAUGAGAGAGUGACACGUGCAGAUAAGAAUGUGACAAGUGCUGGUGCUGAACCGGAAAACAUUAUUGAAAGAAUGGAAUACGUUGAAGCAAACGUGGAGCGUGCUGAUGCCAAAGCGGGACGUGUUGAUACUGCAGUGCAACAUACAGAUGUGAAAUCAGAAAAGACUAUUGAGAGAAGGGAACGUGCUGAUGCCAUAGCGGAACGUGUUGAGGUAAAGUCGGAGCGUGCUGAUGGGAAUUUGAAGAACACUGUUGAGGCUUCUUCUUCGAGGAAUCCCGAUCGAGAUACGUAUGUCGUGUCUGGAAAUCUAGAUGCUGAGCUGUUUGAGGACCAAUUCCUAGUGAAUCUUGUGUCCAGAAUAAAGCUGAGUCGAGAAGAACGUCCACCAUGGGACGCAUGA